UCACGGCGCCGUGCCCCACGCUGCCGAUCCCCACUCCCGCUCACCGGGGCGGCGGGUCGGACAUUACCGGCGCCCGGCAGGGCUGGGGGGGGGGGGGGGGUGUUGUGCAGCCGCCCGCCCCUUCUCAGGGUGUGGGUGCGGGGCGGAUGGGACCCCGGCUCCCCCCGCGGUUUCCACCGGUCCCGAGCGGCCGGUCCCCAGUGGGGGAGCGGGAUGCCCGCGGGGCCCGGCCGCCGCGCUCCCCUCCCGCCGCGGUGCCCUCCCUUCCCCCCCCCCCCCCCCCCCCCUCCGGUGCGGGGCGAGAGGCGGAGCCGUCGCAUCGCGGCCGCCGCCCGCCGCCUUUAUCAGGCGUGCCGGCGCGGGGGGUGGCACUGGGGAACACCUUGUUUUAAGAUACGGGCUAUAAAUACGGCGGCGGGGAUGGGAGCGCAGCCACGGGCGGCGGCGGCGGGCUGACUGGCGGCGAGUGGAGACCACGGACUCUCCUCGCAGCGGAGGAGGAGGAAGGGAGGAAGGAGGUCGCCGCCGGCGCAGCCCCGCGGUUCGAGCCGCCCCGGCUGAUCCCGCCCGCUCGCCGGCAUGAUGCAGAUCUGCGACUCGUACAGCCAGAAGUACUCCCUCUUCAACGCCAUGAACCGCUUCAUCGGCGCCGUCAACAACAUGGACCAGACGGUGAUGGUGCCCAGCCUGCUGCGCGACGUGCCGCUGCUGCUGGAGGAGCUGGACGCGGCGGGGGGCGUCUGCCCGCCCCGGGACGCCGCCCUGCCGCCCGGCGACCCCGGCGCCUAUUUCUCCCGCCGGGACAUGUACAGCCACUACAUGCUGCUCAAGUCCAUCCGCAACGACAUCGAGUGGGGCGUUGUGCAGCCGCCGGCGGGCGAGGAGGCGGCCCGCAAGAAGGACAAGCUGGGCGGGGGGCCCGCCGAGGAGGGCGAGGGGGAGGAGGACCUGGAGGAGCAGUUCCACUACCACCUCAGCGGACUCCACUCGGUGCUCUCCAAGCUCACCCGCAAGGCCAACGUCCUCACCAACAGAUACAAGCAGGAGAUCGGCUUCAGCAGCUGGGGGCAGUGAGCGCCGUGGGGGAAGGGGGCCCCCGGCCCGCCGGGAGCGGCGUUUCCCCGCCCGCCGCCGUGCAGGGCUGCGCCCCGGCUCCCUGCUCGCUCCCAGGACUGCAGCCGGGUUUUCUACCAACGCACAAGCGAGAGAGAUGUAAAUUAAUCAACACUAGUUUAUUAAUUAUUUUUCUUGCCCCUCCCCCCCUCUUCCUCUUUUUUUUUUUUUUUUUUUUUUGGGUCUUUUUAUUUUUAUUGUAUGGUCUGGGGCGAGCGGUUGCAGUGCCUCCCCGGGCGGGGAGGCCGAAUCCGUACGUGUACAAGGCGGUGGUGUAGCUGGUGGAUAGGAGGCUCAGCGCAAGCCGAUGAACAUAACAAAACUGGCAUAAAACUGCUUCUCUUACCCGGGAGGGAACCCUGUGGGCUAACGAGCAUCCCUCCGUCGUGGGACAGAUGGUGGGUCCCGAGGUUGUACAUGUACUGGAGUUUAUUUAAAACUUUUUUACUCAGAUGUAGAGUAUAUUCUAAAAUAAAUGCAAAUGUAUUAACUAAAAGCAACAAACUUUUUGGUAUGAUUUAUGUUUCUUUAAUUAAAUAAUAUUUUUAACAUCUGGAAUUCUGGUGUUCUCCUAAGUUAUUUCCAGAGCUGCCUUACUAGGCACACAAACCUCUGCAUGUGCUAAAGAGGGGGGUUUGUGGCUUUGUGGCUUUUUUUUUUUUUUUUUUUUUUCCCCCCCCCUCUCCAAAGGGAGCAAUUAGGUAGUGAUGAUAACUCAGCGAAUCCGAAGUGGAUGAAUGACCGUAUUAACUGCACCAUACAUGGCCUGCAUUUUGGUGAGCUGGUCCCAGCCCGACAGCCCGGUUGGUCUGUGUGAAUGCUGGUGUGAAGGUCAGUGCCCCUGUAACCCCCUGUAACAAAAUCUGAGAAGAUCAAGCCAUGGUUACUUUGCAGGCAGUGAUUCAUGGAGGUUGGAGCAAAGCCUAAGAAUGACUCCUGCGUUUUUCGGGAAGUAUCUUAAUGUGCUGUAGGGAGCUCUUCGCUCUCCCUCCGAAUAGCUCUGGGAUACUUGUCUCCCCCAUCUCUUCCAUUACUUUAUUUCCUCUGUAAUCCUCCUUGGAUACUAGGAAUUUAUUGCUUUAUGUAUUGAUUUCUCUCUGCAUUAUUUGCAUUUUUUUUUUUUAAUUAUCUGAAGUAAUGUGCCUUGGAAUUGGGUGCCUAUAUUGUGUUAUAAUAUUAAAAGUGUACUUACUGCUUACAAUGCAAUGUGUGCGUAUCACUGAGGAUAACUGUUUAAUAAAUAUGUGUGUCCUUCCA